AUCCCAAUGAAAACUUCACAACUACACUAGUAAGAGAAUUAAAUACCAAUUAAAUAAAAAUAAAAAUGAAUAAAAAAAUUGAAAAUAAUAAUGCAGAACCCAAUGAUAGUGCAAACAAUAUAAGAGAUCAUUAUAGAGGGGCAAAGUGCAUUUUGUGUAAAAAACACAAUAAAACAUUGUUUAAAAUCAAAUCUCAUUGGCUUGAAGCCAUAGGAAAUAAUCUUAAAAUAAGUACUCAUACUAAAAUAUGUAUAGAUGAGUUUGAGAAAUGUUGCCAAAGAAAUGCAAAAUCCUUACAGAUUGGUGCAAUGCCUAAAAAUGACUUUGGCAUAAUGUGUUUUCAUCAAAAGAAGUUACUAAGCUCACAAUCUGCGCAAGAAAUGCCUAUAUAUGAAAAUGACAAUAGUCAUAUGUCGCAAAUAGGCACAAAAUCUGUCACCGACGAUAAAGUAUUGAACUUUUAUUUCCCCUCUUGCGGUACUAUACCACCACCCGUGAUUAUGGUGCAAAAUGUUAGCUUCCGUUACAAUGAAAACACUCCUUGGAUCUAUAAGAAUCUGGAAUUUGGUAUAGAUUUGGAUACACGUCUGGCUUUGGUGGGUCCCAAUGGUGCUGGCAAAUCUACCCUGCUGAAAUUGCUUUAUGGUGAUUUGGUGCCCACUACUGGUAUGAUACGCAAAAACUCCCAUUUACGCAUAGCCCGUUACCAUCAGCAUUUGCAUGAACUUUUGGAUUUGGAUGCCAGCCCCUUGGAGUAUAUGAUGCGUGCCUUCCCCGAGGUCAAAGAGAAAGAAGAAAUGCGCAAAAUUAUAGGCAGAUAUGGCCUAACAGGACGCCAACAGGUGUGUCCCAUUAGACAAUUGUCCGAUGGCCAGCGCUGCAGAGUAGUGUUUGCCUGGCUGGCUUGGCAAGUGCCCCAUUUGCUGCUACUCGAUGAACCUACCAAUCAUUUGGACAUGGAGACCAUUGAUGCCUUGGCUGAUGCCAUCAAUGACUUCGAUGGUGGUAUGGUGUUAGUUUCUCACGAUUUCAGAUUGAUUAAUCAGGUGGCCGAGGAAAUUUGGAUUUGUGAAAAUGAAACCGUUACCAAAUGGAAGGGCAACAUCUUGGACUAUAAGGAUACCUUAAAGAAGAAGGUCGUUAGCGAUAAUGAAAGCAAAAGCAAAAAGAAAUAGAACCCUUACACUCACCUCCCCCUUCCCACAAACGGAAACCAGAGCUUAGCAGAAUGCAUUUCACAUUGCCGAUGAAUGUGUUAUGCGGAAUGGCAUGGUUUCUAUACUUUAAUGUAGGAUUUUGCUCUUAUUCUUAUCGUGAUCGAAUUUUUUUUUUAAUUUUUUACCUUAAAAAUAUUUUUUAUUUGGAACUUUUGAUUUGUGUAACCCCCUUUUAUUACCUUAUUAUAAAUAACAAACAGCAGCAACAACAACAACACUAAAAUAGAUAGUUUAUAAAAGGUGUUUAUUAUAUUAAAUUAAAGGAAAACAAAAAACAAGAAAAACCCAAGCAACAUUGUGAAAUGAAUAAAAUAUUGCAUAUGUGCAUAAGUGUGUGUAUAAAACAGAUGUAGAAAUACAUACAUAUGUAAUUUUUUAGAUUAGAGCGCGCUGUUGUUUGGUUGGAAAACAAAAAACAUUUUUUGUUGUAUGUAGGUACAAAAAAUUAAAACAAAAUGGAUAAAGUGAGUAGUUUUAUUUUUUUGUGGAUUAUUAUUAACUUACUAAUACAAUUAUUUGAUUUAUUGCAGUUAAUUUGGCCAAAGGAAGCGAUUCUGGAAAUGAUUGCAAUGUGGAAAAAUAAUGAGUGUCUGUACAAUCCAAGGAAUAGAUUUUAUCACAAGAAGAAGUGCAGAAAUGAUGUGUUAACUGAGAUAGCAGAAAGGAUGAAGGCAUAUAACAUAAAAGUUGGGCCAAACCAGGUAAGG